AUGUCACGUUAUGACGUGGAAAAGUUUGUUCCACAACCAGACCAAGAAUUGAUAUGUUGUAUUUGUACCAAUGUACUGGACGAACCAAUGGAAAGUCCUUGUCGUCAUGUCUUUUGUAAAAUUUGUAUUGAAACCUGGUUAAAUAAUCGUAGCACUUGUCCAACAUGCCGAUUUACCGUAACCAAUGGAGACCUAAAACCAGUUCUACCCUUGGUCAGAAAUAUGCUGAAUAAAUUAACACUGAUAUGUGAUUUCUCUGAUAAUGGCUGUAAAGAUUUGGUACUCUUAGAAAAAUACCAGAACCACAUAAAAGCCUGUGAUUAUGAAAAAGUUGUCUGUAGAUAUCCUAAAUGUGCUUUAUCUAUGUUACGUAAGCUAAUUAAGACACACGAAGAAGAAGAAUGUAAAUAUCGGGAAAUUAUAUGUCAAAAAGACUGUGGAUUAAAGAUUGCUGUAAAUUCUGUUGAAACGCAUGACUGUCUGAAGGCACUGAAAGCAUUCUGCGAGAGUAAGUAUUGA